GUUUGCAACAAUUAAACAAGAGAUAGAAGAAUUAAUCAAACAAUGGGCUUUCCACCUUGUACCAAUCCUAGAAAGUGUCAAGACUCUGCAUGUUGCACCCAAGGGAAAAAGUGUGAGUGGCCAGAGUUGCUAGGCAAACAUGCGGAUGUAGCUAAACGCAUCAUUGAACGUGACGACCCACAAGUGACUGUUCUGAUUCAGUCUAAAGAUUCAAUGAACAAUUUCAAUUAUGAAUUUUGCUGCAAUCGUGUAAUCAUUUUUGCUUACCAUGGUGUUGUUGACAUUCCAUAUCCUCAAGUUGGGUAAAGGAAUUGUAAAAGGGAGUGUUGUAAUGUUGCAUGAAAUAUGCUGAAUAAAGAUCAAGUUAUUUUUUUUUUUUAUCGUUUCUUUAAUUUUUCAAGUAUUUUUCGUAACUAUUUAAUCCGUA